GGCUCGCCUGCCUGGUGCUGCCCGGAGCCGCUGCGGAACCGAGCCGCUCCCGGAAACCCAGCAACUCCCGAAAAAAACCUCUAACUCCCGGAAACCUUUACCUCCCGGAACCGGAGCCGGCGGCGGCGGCGGCAGCUCGGUCCGGGUCGCGGGAGCGAGCGUGUCCGGGGCGGCGGGGACGCGCAUGCGGUGCGGGGUCGUUGUCGUGAUGAAUAAGGAAAUUAUGUCACGUGUGGUGAAGAAGAGGCAGGCGGAUCCCAAGGUGGUCCAGUAUGUGUGGGCCGCCAUCGAGGUCAUUCGCAACCAGAAACAAAUCGCAAACAUGGACAGGAUCUCCAAAUACCUGAGCCGUGUGUUCGGCCUGCACCCCAAGGAGACGGCCAGACAGCUGAGCCUGGCGGUGAAGGACGGCCUGGUGGUGGAGACGCUGACCGUGGGCUGCAAGGGCUCCAAGGCCGGCAUCGAGCAGGAGGGCUACUGGCUGCCCGGGGACGAGAUGGAGCCGAAGGCCGAGGGAAGCAAGGACUGGGAGGCGGAGAGCCACGACUGGUACUGCUUCGAGUGUCACCUACCGGGCGACGUCCUCCCGUGCGACAACUGCUUCCGCGUCUACCACCUUAAAUGUCUGUCGGAGGAGUGCAAGCCCCGAGACGGCGGGUCUCACUGGCAGUGCCUCGCCUGCAGGGGGAGUAAAAAGAAGAACCUGAACAAACAGGAAAUGUGUAAAUACCUGCGCUUCAUCAUCCAGCGAAUGAAGGAGAGGGCCGUGGACCUGAACAAAAAAGGCAAAGACACCAAACACCCCAUGUACAAACGGCUGAUCCACACGGCCCUGGACGUCUCCAACAUCCAGGAGAACCUGUCUGAAGGGAAGUACAAAAGCUUCGAUGAGUUCAAAGCAGAUGUUCAGCUGAUCGUUCACAACACGUCCAUCCUGUAUGGAGUUCACAGUGACCAGGCCGAGAUCGCACGGCUGCUCUUCACUGACACAUGUCAUGAGCUGAACGAGUUGUUGUUGUGUAAGAACUGUUUCUACUUGUCCAACGCCCGCCCAGACAACUGGUUCUGUUAUCCCUGUACCCCCAGUCACGACCUGGUCUGGGCCAAGAUGAAGGGUUUCGGCUACUGGCCGGCCAAAGUUCUUCAGAGGGACGACAACCAGGUGGACGUGCGCUUCUUUGGACACCAGCACCAGAGAGCCUGGAUCCCGGCGGACAACAUCCAGGACAUCAAGGUGAGCGUGCAGCAGCUGCAGGUGAAGCGCAGCAACGGCUGGAAGAAGGCGUGCGAAGAGCUGGAGGUGUACCAGCGCUUCCUGAGGGAGGGGCGCUUCUGGAAGGCAAAGAUGGACGAGGGCCCGUCGCCCCCCCAGGCCCCCCAGACCCCUCAGCCCCUGCAGCCCCACCAGCCCACCCACAGCCAGCGGCAGCAGCAGGAGGAGGCCAGCGGCAGGACGGAGCGGCUGGAGCAGACGGAGGAGGCCGAGUCCAGCAUCUCCUCCACCAGCAACGAGCAGGUCCGCCAUCUCAAAGGCAGUCAGGAGCCCAAGGCGAAGAAAAGCCGACGGACUCAAACUGUCGAACCCAAAGAGGAAGCCAGUCAGGACCUGGAGCCGGAGAUGGAGGCGGUCAGCUCCAGCCAGGAGAUCCCGGUGUCGUCGGCGCCGCCGCAGCCCGAGAAGCUGUCCGUGUCCACGCAGACGAAGAAGGCCAACGGCGGGUCGCCGCGCACGCUGCACCGCGGCACCCAGACCAACAGCGAAGGCGCCUGCCAGAUGAUGUGCCACGAGAAAUACACCAAGGUGUUCAACGACGUCAAGGAGAUGAUGAAGGCCGACAACAAGAGGGAGACGGAGCGGGUCGUCCGGGAAGCUCUGGAGAAGCUUCGCGCGGAGAUGGAGGAGGAGAAGCGGCAGGCGGUGAGCAAGGCGGUGGCAGCCGCCCAGGCGGAGAUGGACAGGAAGUGCAAGCAGGUGAAGGAGAAGUGUAAAGAGGAGCUGGUGGAGGAGGUGAAGAAGAUGGUGGCGCAACACAAGCAGCUCAUCUCUCAGACCAAGAAGAAGCAGUGGUGUUAUAACUGUGAAGAGGAGGCCAUGUACCACUGCUGCUGGAACACCUCGUACUGCUCCAUCAAGUGUCAGCAGGAGCACUGGCACGCCGACCACAAACGAACCUGCCGCCGGAAGAGAUGAGCAGGCCCCGCCCCCUUCCACAGGCCCCGCCCCCUUCCACAGGCCCCGCCCCCUUCAGCACGCUCCCCAACAUCAGUCGGUGUCGGCAACACACACACUUCCCUCCCACGUCUCUGCUCUUCUUCCUGGAAACGUUGCAGUUUUCCCGCGUGCCGAGUGAUUGUUCUCUUCCUCUUAUUAUUUUAUUUUUUUUGUUCGUUCCUACUAUUUAACGUACCCAUUGUAUUAUUAUUUUUCCUCUUCUUGUGCUUUAUUUUGCUUUAUAAGACAUUUGUAUUUCUUUUUUUCCCCCUUUUUUCUGAAAUGCUGGUUUUCGUGUCGGAGGAAUGUGUUAUUUAAGUGCGUAGGAACAAGCAAGCGUCGAGCGGAAAAACAUUUUAUUAUCCGAAUUUUAAGAAGAAAAAAAAAAUCAUGUUUUUUCUUACUGUAAAUGGAACAAACAAAACGUGCGUUUUACUGAACGUUUAAACCCAAACACGAGUCCCGCCGCAGCUCCAGCUCGCUCUGCUUUCACAGAGAAAACUUUUCAACUCAAAAUAAACCGCUAGCAUCUUGAAUCGUCGACGACGGGGCUUUUUUUUAAAUAUAAAUCUGAUCAUGGUCAAGUCGCUCAUGGGGAACAGGGUCAGAAUAUCGGCUUCCAAAGAAGCCGGCAGAAUAAAUCAGUCACGUAUGUUUUUUGUUUUUUUUAAUCAUUAUUGAACGUGUUUCGGUUACUUUUCUCCGGCUGGACUGUUUUUUAGAGUUUGAUGGUCAAAUAAAAGGUUUUUAAUCUGCUCUUAACGUAUAAAAUGCAGUUUUCCUGAGUUUUAAUCCGGCGACGGAUGGACCGACGUGAAAUAAAGAAUAUAAAAUAACGAUAUGCAAAGACGCGGUCAGAUCAGCGGAUCUUUUCUGGUGUUGGUUUUGUGUAAACCUGGUGUCUGGAUCCCUUUGCUUUUUCGUCUUUUAGGAAACAAAGGUGGCAAUAAAAUGGCCAAGUUUUAUUGGGGGGGGUUCCUCAGUUAUGAAGAUGAACUGAACGGAGGAAAUGAAUUCUCUAACUUGCUGCCUUUUUCCCGCUUCCCGACCAUCAUUUCAUCGACGUGGGGAACCUAAACGGCGUUGACUCAGCUUCACUCAGCUUUAGAUUUGACUUAAAUCCUUAUUAUUUUAGCUGUGAAUGAGAACUCGACACAUCUUUUCGUGCGUCUCAGAUUCUCAAAUCAGAUUCUUGGCGAUCGAACACCAGUAGAGUUGAGGCCGACAGAGAUCUCUCACAGAUGACGCAGUCGGCUUUUGGUUCUUCGGGUCGUCCUGCAGCGAUUGUUCACUUCCAUCUCGGUUCUUUGUGCUUCGUUCUGCCGGACAAAUCAGCUGGAACUAAAUCAUGGAAAAAUAUCGAUCACGGCCUCCCUCUCCGUGUGAAGCCCAGAGGAGCAGGAAGCUCAUCUCAGACAGAGAAUAAUCAUUUAUAAUCUUGCUACACUUUCUUUUUUUAAACCAACACGGAUCAACGGUUCUGAUAACGGUCUAACGUCCUUUUUAAACCCGGCAGUCGUCAGUGAAACCCAACAAGCGUCCCCUCGUACGGGCCUGGAUCACAGUAAUUAUGGUAAUAAAGGUGGGGUAAGCCACCUCUAACCCGGGGCAGGUCUUGGCAACCCGCCCGCUUAAAAUCAAAACAAACGUUUUGAUUUAUAUUAAAACAUUGAACGUUGUUUUGUUUUUUAAAUCAGUAAAAUUUAAAGCAGUAAAUAUCAUGUUUCCAACAAUAAAAGUACAGCUUUGAAAUGUGAAUUAAUAAAUCAUGCUCCCUCUCUGCUGUGCUUCAGCCCUGCCCC